AUGGAGCGCCCCGCCACCACCUAUCGCUCUCCAUUUCUGGACGCGGACGCCGACUCGGACACUUCCGAGGCAGCACCUCGUGUUGACCCUCCAGUCACCCGCUCAUCCAUAGCCAUCGCCUCCGAACCUGCAGCUGAAGCCGAAAAUGCUUCUGCAUCCACCCAGACCACGACUGUCAAGAGGAAGAGAGCAGCCCUAGAACACGACAUCAUGGGCGACGAUUGGGAAGAAACCGUCACGCCGCGCAAAAAGAGCUCCAAGAGAGCCAAGAAGCCUUGCCUCCACGAGCCUGAAAAGCAUGCGAGCGAGGAGCUGCCUAGGGUCGAGACUGAGACCCAAAUCACGCCAGAGAAGAAGUCAGACUCGGAGACACACUCCGCCGAACUCGAAAAGCGUCACCAGAAAGAAAUGAUCGAGAGAGACAUGGAGGUCAUUGCCCUGAGAGCGCGCCUCAAUCAUGAUCUCGUUACAAUGGUUGACAAGCCCGAAAGCCAAAUCACCAUCGAGCGGCUGAGGGCUGAGCGUGAGGCCACAAAGAAGGCACAUGAAGAGGAAUCCGCUCGUCUUACGGAAGAUCACGAGAAGGAGAUCGCUGAUUUGAAGGCCAAGCACGCUUCCGACCUUCAAAGCAAAGCCAAGGAAGAGCGCAAGACUGAGCAGGAAGCAGCCAAGCUUCAAUCAAGCAUUGCCGCGCAGGAGAAGGCGAAAGUUAUCAGGCGCAACGGACUGCUCGCAGUCGUCUUGAACGCGCACCACGGAUAUCAAGAUGCUCUACAACCGACAGCGAGAUGGCACCAUUGCCCAAGCCAAGGACUCAGCAAGGUCUUUUCGGUGCAGGAGUGCGUCGACGGCUUGACUACCCUCUGGGCUGAGCAAGGCGCCCUGAUCACACGCCUUCUUCCCCACGAGCUCUCCAACGACCACGACUUUGCUCUCGAAUUCGAGGCACAAACGAUCGUUAGGGCCCAGGCCUGGAUGCAGUCUUUGGAACUUCGUAGUGCACCGCAAGAGCUUUUGCAGACGGGCUGGAGCUUAUCAGCACUUCAUCGCCUGAUGUGCGGCCUCUUUCCCUACCAUGAAACCGACAUGACCACCCUUUAUACCGCCGUGGUCGAUGUUCACCGCAUUCUGCAGGAAGCGACAGCAUACAUGCAAGGCGGAUAUGCCCCUACCAUGCUACCCAUCCCCAGCCAGCACAUGGUAGCCACGACUGGUCCUCUUGCAAGCCCACUACCCAGGACUACCCACGACCAGCAAUUCUUUCCGCCGCCGCAGCAGCAGCAGUAUCGGAUUGCUGCCUCAGCUCAGGAGAUGCCAUCUCAACAGCAACAUGUUCCUUCAGUCCAAGUCAUUCAGCCGACACCCACCAUGCCGCUCGCGAACACGGACUUUCAGCAGUCGUCCAAUCAAGGAGUCAGCUUCUCAAACCCCGGAACCAACACUGGCGGCCAAGAAAUGAGCGCAAGCAUGGACGAUGUUGAGCCGAGCUUCCCCAACGCACCUGUGGGCCAGUGUGUUCCUCAGAACGUCCCUUCCUUUUCAGCCAACGCCGCUCCACCAGCUCAGUCGGCCCGCCUAUCGUACCAGCCAAAGGCAUGCCAUAACAUGAGAGAUCGGGGUCAAUGCUUCCGUGGGGAGACAUGCAAAUUCAGCCACGACCCUGAGAUCAUCAUAGCAGCACACGGCGAAGGAACCGGCGUAGAGGCAAUGCAAGAUGUCGACAAUAGACAGCUAGUUCCUCCUGCUACUACUGCUGCUACCACCGACGACUGGCGAGCAGUCAUCCCGUGCAGAUGGGUAACCCGAUUUGGCACCUGCAGAACAGCUGAUUGCGGCUUCAUGCAUCCUGCUGGGACCCACGAACCCGGCAAUUCCACCGCGAGCAGCGGCGCGCAACAGUGCAAGACCGAGGAGAGACACGGACGUUGUAAGAACCGAACAUGCAACUUUGUUCAUCAGGGCCCUCACGGACUGCUUGCACCACCUGGAGGUGAUAUGCCCAUGGCGGAAGAUACCAUGUCCAAUGCCGGCUUCCAGAUCCAGGGUUCUUCUGACCAGCAAUGCCAAAUGGAACAAUGCAAUGGGUAUUGCAACAGGAAGAAAUGCAACUACACCCAUCAGAAGGCCCAUGGACCUCAGGAUAGCGGUCCCGCUCAGUCGAUCAACCCGUUCACUAGAGCGUCAUUCGCAUCGCGCAUCACUUUUGAUAACAACGACCAGCCUACACGAGGCGUGCAAUUCGCCACAAAUCCACCGACAGGUCCGCGUGCGCAUGGUGGAAUUGUCGCAUCGCGAAUGACAAACGACAACAACGUCCGAUUUGCGCCCAAUGCGCCCAUAAAUUCGCGCCCACAGGGUGGAAGUCUGGAGUCGCGCAUGACGUUCCCCACAGGUCCUGUCUCACACCGCGGUAACAGAAAUGCUCGUCCAGAGCAGCAACUCUACAACCCGCGGAUGAGCCCAGCCGCCGAUUCUUUCACACUCGGAAACCGUGGUGGUCAACAGCACGGCGGACGCGGUGGCCGUGGUGGCCGUGGACGAGGCAAUUUCAGCGGCCAUAAUGUCUUCCAGAAUGGCCAGGGGCAAGGUCCGCAAAACAGCAUGAACCUAUUCCAGGGCGGCGGGCAGGAUGGUAUCUCAUCCCAGAACAGCGGUAGAGGAAGGAACAACAACCACAAAGGACGUGGUGCGCGAGGCGGCAGUGGACGCGGACGGGGUGGCGGUGGUGCUGCUGCUGGAUUCGGAGGAUCAGUGCCGCAGGGAGGUGGUGGAGGAGGGAUGUUUGGAACUGGAUUUGGCAUGUGA